UCCACAACAGUCUAAUCUCAUCAAUCAAGUCUACCUAUAAACUAGGCACAUACCAUAGCCAAAGCAUAACAACACAAUAUUCUAUACCAUGUCAUCACCUAUCUCUCACCUCCUUGCAGCUCUUCUUUCACUCUUGUUAUUCAACUUCCAUGGAAGCAAAGCCGACUUUAUACCCACAAAAAAUUGCCCCAUAUACAAUUGUGGUAAUGGCCCUGAUUUUCACUACCCUUUUUGGAAAAUUGAAGACUCCACCGCCGAUCAAUAUUGUGGUUACCCUGGUUUUGGUCUCAAUUGCUCAGAGUCCGGAGAGCCAAUACUAAGUCUCCCAAAUAAUGACUCCUACUAUGUGAAAGCCAUAAACUUUAUUGAUUCCACCAUGACCCUUGUUGACCUCGACAUCUUCGAUCAACAAUGCCCUAGGGCAAGACACAGUGUUAGUGUAGGCACGCUCCCAUUGGAUUAUUCCCCACUGGAUGUGAACCUGAGCUUCUACUUCAACUGCACUUCAUUUCCUGAUCCUUUUAAGCCUCCCAUAAUCUGCUUGGGAAUAUGGGGUACCAAAAAGUCUUAUGUUAUCAUGAAGGGAGAGCAAUCAGAUGGGUUUGAUUGGUCUGAAAGUUGUGAGGAGAAUGUGGUGGUGACUGUGAUGAAGAGUAAGGAGCUUUAUAUUGAUGAGUUGACUGGUGCUUUUGGAGGGCUUAUGAACCAGGGGUUUGUGCUUAACUGGACCACGGCGAAGGAGUGCGCUUCGUGUGAGAGUGGUGGUGGUUUGUGUGGGUACAACCCCACUAAAGCUGAUGAGAUUCUCUGCUUCUGCAAAUAUGGCAAUGGCCUAUGCAGGAAGAAAGGCCCUAAGUUCAACUGGAUAUUGAAGGAUGUCGUAGGUCUUUGCUCGCUUAUUGGAACUAUAGCUGUAAUGUGCUUCAUUUUCUUUAUACGGCGACGCCGCAACAGAAAUCGAGAUGGUCCAUCAUCCAAUGCAUCUCGAAGCAUCUAUUCUAAAAUCUAUUCUAGAAGUGAUACUAAGAAGGGAAGUGCAUACCCUGGAGUUCAUGUCUUCACUUACAAGGAACUUGAACAAGCAACAAACUAUUUCGAUUCAUCUAAAAAACUUGGUGAUGGAGGCUUUGGCACUGUUUACUAUGGAAGAAUCCGUGAUGGGCGAGCAGUUGCUGUCAAGCGACUAUAUGAAACCAAUUGCAAGAGAGUUGAGCAGUUCCUGAAUGAAAUUGAGAUUUUAGCUCGCCUACGCCACCAAAACCUUGUCUUACUCUAUGGAUGCACCUCUCGUCACAGCCGUGAACUCCUCCUUGUCUACGAAUAUGUUCCCAAUGGAACUCUUGCUAAUCAUCUUCACGGUGGAAAAGCAAAACCCGGUGCACUGCCAUGGCAUACUCGAAUCAACAUUGCCGUAGAAACUGCAAGUGCAUUGUUCUAUCUUCAUGCGUCUGAGAUCAUCCACCGCGAUGUGAAAACCACUAACAUUCUCCUCGACAACAAUUUCUGUGUCAAAGUAGCAGAUUUUGGACUAUCUCGUCUCUUUCCCAUGGAUGUCACCCAUGUAUCAACUGCUCCACAAGGAACUCCAGGUUAUGUCGAUCCUGAUUAUAACCAAUGCUACCAGCUUACUACAAAGAGUGAUGUCUAUAGCUUCGGUGUGGUCCUGGUUGAACUCAUAUCAUCCUUGCCUGCUGUUGAUGUCACAAGGCAUCGACAGGAGAUCAAUUUGUCGAACAUGGCUAUCAACAAGAUUCAGAAAAAUGCAUUGCAUGAGCUAGUUGAUCCAUCCCUGGGGUAUGAAUCAGACUUUAAGGUAAGAAAAAUGAUCAAUGCAGUGGCGGAAUUAGCGUUUCGGUGCCUGCAAAGUGAGACGGACAUGAGACCUUCUAUGGUUGAUGUGGAAAAUGAACUAAAGAGGAUACAGAGUGAUGAUUUUAGCAAAGAAAUCACUACAACAAUGAUAGUCAUUUCCAAGGGUGGAGUUUGGUCGGAAAAGGCACUUUCCCUGUCAGAAAAAGCUAUUUCCGACAGCUAGGUGCUGUCGGUGGUCCUUGGAAAAAACAUCAUCGGAAAUAGUCUUUUUCCGACCAACCCUCAGAAAAAGAUAUAUUUCCGACAGCCAGACGUGGUCGUAAAUAAUUUUUCGAUGGUCGGAAAUUCUCACUCAUCAACGACGACAAAUAGUAUUUCUGACAAAAGAUGUUUGUUGGAAAUAGUUCAUUGCUUGUAGGAAAAAAUUGGUUGCUAGCCAAUCCAUUUUUUUCCAAAGACUUAUUUCCGACGAAUAGUAGUGGUCGGAAAAAACUAUUUCAGAUAAGAAUAUCUAAUUCCGACAACUAUUUAGCAUCGAAAAUGAAUAAAUUUCGAGGGUCAUCUUUUCCUCGGAAAUUGAUAUUUUCUGUCAGAAAAAUAUAAUCUAAUAUUUUCAA